AUGGCUGAACCAAAGGAUAGAACUUCGAAAGAUGGCUACAAACCCGCAGAUUGGUUCUGGGAUUCGAGACGAAAAGGGCCAUCGCUCACAGGAACCGUGGUGUUUGUACUUACUCGAACGCUGGACCUCCCAUUCCAAUGGUGGCUUCUCCAGUCAGGCACGGGCAUUGCGGUUGUACAGCGCCUAGGAGCAAGCGCUGUACAUCAACCAGGCACCACUGCGACAUCACUUGGACUCAGUCCGUAUCAAACGGCCAUCUUUGCCCUGGCUGUGGGAAGUGCUGCGAAGCAAAUCUACUGGAAACUCUUUAUCGGCGACACCGUCGUUCCAGUACCCUUCUCUCUGGCCAUUUCCGCCUACAACACCAUUCUGAACAGCCUAAACACGUUACUCGCGCUCUGGUCUGUGACCUCCGAGCAACCGAUCGACCAAUCCAGUUUGAAAGCGUUCCUCACGACAUGUCCUCCAGCGCUGCCUGUUGGUCUGGUCUUGUACUCGGUCGGCCUCUUCACCGAAUGGUACUGUGAGAUCCAGAGAAAAGAGUUUAAGAAAGACCCCGAGAACAAGGGAAAGCCUUACGCUGGAGGAUUGUUCGGUCUCGCUCGCAACAUCAACUACGGUGGCUACACUCUCUGGAGAUCUGGAUACAGCCUGAUAUGCGGUGGCUGGAUCUGGGCCAGCAUCAUGUGUACUUGGCUGGCCAGUGACUUCGUCAGCCGAGCGAUCCCAAGCAUGGAUGCCUACUGCGAGAAGAGAUAUGGCGCGCAGUGGGAGCAGGUAAGACGCAAAGUGCCUUACAAGUUGCUGCCGUGGAUCUAUUGA